AUGUUUCCAAGAUCAACACACGAAACAUUUGCUAAAAAGCUAUAUCAAACACUUAAGGACAAUAAGCGAUUCAGCAAACCGAAGUUGUCACGAACUGACUUCACCAUCAAUCACUAUGCUGGUGAUGUCACGUAUCAAACUGAUCUUUUCCUUGAUAAAAACAAAGACUACGUUGUUCCGGAACACGCUGCGUUGCUCUGUGCUUCCAAGUGCUCCUUUGUUUCAGGACUUUUCCCACCUUUACACGAGGAAAGUACUAAAUCAACAAAGUUUUCUUCUAUAGCCACUCAGUUUAAGCAACAACUGCAAUCUUUGCUUGAAACAUUGAGUGUGACUGAGCCACACUACAUUCGUUGUAUAAAGCCAAAUAAUCUUCUUAAGCCGGGGAUAUUUGAGAACAACGAUAUGUUACAGCAACUUCGAUGUGGGGGUGUAAUGGAGGCAAUUAGGAUAAGUUGCACUGGAUAUCACACUCGAAAGAACUUUGAUGAAUUUGUUCAGCGGUUUAGUAUAAUGGAACCUAAGGUUCUAAAAUCAUGUCCUGAUGAGAUGACGGCUUGCAAGAGACUUCUAGAUAAAGCAAACCUUAAAGAUUAUCAGAUAGGAAAGACAAAAGUUUUCCAGAGAGCAGGUCAAAUGGCAGAACUAGAUGCAUGUCGUGCCGAGGUCCUAGGAAGAUCCGCAAUCGUUAUUCAGAAAAAAGCUCGCACAUAUAUUUGUGAGAAACAGUACAAGUUAUUGCGAUUUUCUGCCAUAGAACUACAAAGGGCUAUUAAAGGUGGUGCCAAUUUAAUUGUUAUUGCUGGUCUUGUAAGUGACCGACCAAGUAUUAGCCGCUGUGGAGGUUAA